AUGGAAGUGGAUCGUAUUCUUUAUAUUUUCGGAAGCUUUUCGCGUAAGCGUCAAGAGAGAAGGAAAUCACUGGAGCCUUCAUCAAUCAGCGCCGGUAACAGCCCGCUGAAAUGUAAGAAUUCAAGGCCAGCCAGUCAGAACCUUUCAGUUGCCAGGACCUCAGUCUAUGAGAAAAUUAAGCUGAAAGAUUGGGAAUGUGGAAUAUGCAGGCGGGAGUUGGUGGAGCCGAGACUUCUUGGUUGUCUCCACAGCUUCUGUACGAGGUGUCUCCAGGAUUUGAACCAUGCAGAUGAGAUCCAAGUCUGGGAAGACAUUGAUGGGGGGUCUAGUCACCAUGAUCCAGGAGGAUCCGGCGGAGGAUCAGCCGGUUCAGGUUACGAGAGCGACGUACAUCAUUCUGACUCUGAAACGAGCCUUGAAAAACCUCGCAAAUAUGGAAUCAUCACUAGGAAGGUAUCAGGCAGAAGCUGUCAUUUCAUUCUAUGUCCGAUAUGCGGAUCUGACACCCAGCUGCCCCUGGGCGGAGUGUCCGCACUUCCGCUCAAUUACGUACUGCUGAGAAAGAUGGCGAAUCGCGACAGUGACAACUCGGUAUUGUGUGACCUAUGCUGCAAAGAUAAUAAGGCAGAGAACCGUUGCACCCAGUGCCUGGUCAGCGUGUGUAUGUCGUGUGGAGAGACUCACACGAGACAGAAGGGAAACGCGACUCAUUUGCUACAGCCGCUGGGACCCAUUUUAAGGUUUUGCGGCCAACAUCCCAAGAUUGAACUCAGUGUUUACUGCGCUACUUGCCAGCAGGUGGUUUGCAGAGACUGCUGCCUGAUAUCCCACAGCGGGCACGCCGUGGCCAGCGCGGCGCGCGCGGCGGCGGAGCGCGCCAGCGCGCUGCGCGACGCGUGCGAGCGCGCGCGGCACGUGCCCGGCAACGUGCAGCGCGCGCUGCGCAUACUGGAGGUGCACGCCGCGGAGGUGGACACGCAGGCGGCCCGCGUGGAGGGCGAGAUCCGCUCGUGGUCGGAGCAGUACCGGCGCGCGGUGGAGGCGCACGCGCGCGCGCUGGCCGCCGCCUGCUCGCGCGCGCGCGCCGCCCAGCGCCGCCGCGCGCGCGCGCAGGCCGCGCAGCUGGAGCGCCGCGCCGGGGACGCGCGCGCGGCCGUGGGCUUCGCGGACGAGCUGCUGGCGUCGGGCAAGGAGGACGAGCUGCUGUCGCUGAGCGCGCCGGUGCUGCGGCGCCUGGAGCGGCUCACGGAGCUGCAGCCGCUGGCGGAGCCCCCGCGCUGCGAGCUGCGCUUCGCCCCCGCGGCGCCCGCCCCCGACCGCCCCACCCUGGUGGGCCGGCUGUUCACCUUGGCGCCCGACCCCGACCACUGCGUGCUGGAUACUGAAGGAUUACAAGAUCUUCAUGUGAACAUUCAACACACAGUAAUAUUAGAGCUAAGAGACAGCAACUCGGAAAAAAUUUGGUACAGCGGAGAGAACGUGGCGGGCUACUUCCGGCGGCGCGACUCCAGCGCGCGGCCGGCCGCCGUGCGCGUGCGCGCGCGCGCCGACGGCACGUGCGCGCUGGCGCUGGCGCCGCCCGCGCCCGGACACUACCUGCUGGCCGUCACCGUGGACAACACGCCCAUCAAGGGCAGCCCGUUCUCGUGCAGCGCGCGCGCGGCGGCGCACUGGGGCACGUUCCACUGCUGCGCCUUCUGCUCGUCGGGCGGCCGCCGGCCCUGCGGCUGCGGCGCCGCCGUCGCCGGCCACAGGGGGUGCGGGCACGGGCACGCGGGCUGGCCGGGCGCGCGCCACUGGUCGUGCUGCGGCAGCACGCGCCGUGAGCCACCCUGCGCGCGCCCCGCGCGCCCCCUCUACCAGUUCUCACUGUAAAGAACUCGACACGAGACACUACUUAAAUAAAUAUCAUACACUUGA